AUGGAUUUCUUUUCAACCUGCAGCCUGGCUCCCUGGUCCUGCAAGCAAUUUGUGCAGCGGAGCGAGGAGCUGCUCGGUUACGUUGAGGCCUGCAGAGUCGUGGAUGUGUUUGAAAAGGAAGUGGUGGUGCGUGCGGCAUUGUACGCUCUCUUGGUUCGCAAUCGACUUCGGCCCACUGAAGCUGCUGUCUUUAUUCUCGGCCAGGGCGAUUGCUGCGGGGCUAGGGACCUGGUCCUCGCGGUCCCAUUCUGCGCAAACCUCUCGGUGGAGCUCUGCGCAGUUCCUCCGCUCAGCCCGGAGCAGUCCGAUGGCGUUCCUCAGCAUGAAUUGGAGAUUUCUCUUCAGAAAGCAGAGCAAACCCCGCGUGUCAAAGUGGAGUUCGCUGCCGAAGUGGUCUUUCUGGUCCUGGAUGGGUUGGUUGUUGAAAGAUCGGAUUCUCGGCCAGCCUCUCGCGGCGUUGACAGCGUCAUGGCCGCAGCUCCUGGUGGUCCUAGCGAGGAUCGACUCACUCCCGAGGCAUUCGCUCGUCGAUUGCAGCAGCUGCAGGGAACUGCGCGCAGCCAUGGAUAUUUCUUUCCGUCCAACGAGACAAACCAUGACUGGAUUUACAGCUACGGGGCCGAUCGAUUACCAUUGCUCGCUCAGAAGGCUUCGAGCCCCAUGUGGCAGCGGAAGAAGCCCGAGAAGAUGGCGUCCUUGAUCUUCCAAGAUACGCACCUCCGUUUACUUAUUGAGCCGCAGAUCCAAUGGCAGAAGAUCCAGCCAUUUCUGAAGGAACGUCAGAUGGAUUUCUCUGAAGAGACCAUGCGCAGCAUGCUGACGGUUACUUUUAAUUGCGCUGCCCAAAUGCCAAUUGCUGGUGACAUAGAGCACUUGUUUGAGAUGGACAAACCCGCUGAUAUGAUUUUCGUGGCUCUUCAGGAAACUUGUCCAUUAGCUCUGGCGAUAGAUGUGACCGAAAUCUCCAGUGCUCAAUAUCAUGCAGCCUGGACCGCCUCGGUCACUUCAGCCGUGGAACGUCGGGGCGCCUACAGGCAAAUUGCUGACCAUGCUUUGGUUGGAUUGCAGCUGCUCCUUUACGUCAAAGAGGAUCUGGCACCGGAAAUCUCCCAGACCUGCUGGGGAACCACACGCUGUGGCACCCUUGGAGCUGGGAACAAAGGGGCCGUGGCUCUUGGACUUGUCCUGAAAUCCACCUCGUUCUGCUUCGUGAACGCGCACCUGGCAGCUGGCGAAAGCGCCUCGAGUUCACAAGAUCGAUCCCAGGAUUUCGACUACAUAGUGCAGACGUUGCGCUUGAGCAGCUCCUCGAGCUCUUCAGAUGUGCGAGAUCCGCGCAAUCUUUUCGAGCACGACCUUGUCGUUUGGGCAGGUGAUUUGAACAUGCGCCUUUGGCGAAAUGAGCAGAUGACGGAGGUCAUGUCUCGGACAGAGGUUCUGUCCAUGCUGCAGAAUCAACAGCUUUCUCAACUGCUUGCAUGUGAUGAGUUGCAUCGUCGGCGACUGUCCAGCGGCCCUGUUGCUGCUUUUGAGGAAGCCGCAAUCCACUUUCACCCCAGCUACAAGUUCCGAACAAGCCUCAAGACGAGUGCUGUGUGGAAGAAUGCGACUAUGCGCGACACACAGAUGCCUCACGAUACUCAGUAUGAUGAGAAGCGCUCUCCUGCUUGGUGCGACCGCAUCAUGUGGCGCGCCCGCCGGAAGGUUCGACUGGAAGAUUUGCCGCGCUACGAGCGGCUGGACAGACCGACGUUUUCGGAUCAUCGGCCUGUCAGGCUGUAUUUGGAGAUGUGUGUGCAUGAAAUGAGCUGGGAUGAUCUGAAACGGGUGUGCGCGGAGUAUGAAGUCAAGCGCAGCGCUUCGCACGUGCGCUACUUGCGAAGUGGGUCUUCCCUUGGAGACGAGCCCGACGGAGGAUGUGACAGCAUCACCGACAACGGCUACUCUGUGACAAUUUUCUUGCAGGGAAUUCAACGCGCCCUGAGGACUGUGUCUUCAGCGGCUUUCCUGCUGAAGUGA